AUGUAUGUGUUUUUAGAAAUUAAUAUGUUGAUGGCUAGGAAUAAAAAAUUAACAAUUCAAGAUUAUUGGUCUACUAAUGAACUUUUGCAUCAAAAUAUAUUUGGGAAAUUAAUGAGUAGAGAUAGAUAUUUGUUACUCCUACGAUUAAUUCAUUUUUGUGAUAAUAACCAACAAAUCCAUGGUGAACGGCUUUAUAAAAUACAAAUGGUGAUAUCUGAAGUUCAAAAAAAUUUUAAAGAUGCUCUUAUUCCUUUUUCUAACUUAGCUAUUGAUGAAAGCUUACUUUUAUGGAAGGGACGUGCUAGUAAUUAUAAAGACCCUUUAGAAGACCAAUUAGGGAAAUCUGGAGUUAUAGUAAAGAAACUUAUAAAACCAUAUUUUUACCACGGUUAUUCAUUAUAUACUGAUAACUUUUCCACUUCACCAUCCUUAGCAAUGGAAUCAAUGUGCACUAAUAAACUAUUAGCUGUACAMUGGAAAGAUCGCAGAGAUGUGUACAUGUUGACAACUAUGCAUAAAKAUACAAUGGUAACCACAAAAAAAAUUGAUAGAGCUACUGGAGAUAAAUAUCUAAAACCAGAGUGUGUGAUAAGCUACAAUGCUAAUAUGGGUGCUAUUGAUAAAUCAGUCAUGCUUUUAAGUUCAAUCGAAUGUGUACGCCGUACCAUGAAGUGGUACAAAAAAUUGUUUUUUCAUAUAGUUGAUAUAUCUCUACUGAAUGCAUAUUCAGCUUAUAAAACGGUGACAAGAAAACAUAUUUCAUUAGCUGACUUUCAAUUGCAAUUAAUUAAUGAACUGAUAUUAAAAUAUCAAUGUGAAGCUAGCAUGACAACUAAUAGGAGAAAAAACCAAUGGACACUACACAAAAGCGCUUACAACAAGGCGCUAGUCACUUUCCAGAGUUGGUGCCACUUACACCAUCAAAAAAACAAGGAAGACGAUAUUGUUUUGUUUGCAGUCACAAGAAGGAAAACAAAAAAAGAAAAGAUUCCAUUUACUGCUGUAUUGAAUGUGAUGUUGAUAUUUGAUACAAUGGUCAAUGGUGAAUGGGUCACCAAAUAA